AUGAUUCCUAGACUUCCCCCAUUUUUGUUGGCUGUUGUAGGAGGCGCAUCUAUAUAUGGAGUGAAGAUACUUUUAGAUAAACUAGAGCCAAAACUACUUGGUGCUCCGGGCAGUUCUGAUCAUGCAGAAAAGCGGAUUCGAUUUCGACAGAAUGUUAGACUAGGGGGUGCGGUCAUUGUAGGAACUGGUGUUCUAUGUGCAGCCUAUUGGGCAUACGAUGCACGUAUCAAUCGGCCCUCCCCAGCAGUCAGUACCCAAAACUCGGUUGAUUUUUACCAAGAUCAGUAUGAUGCACGUGAGAGGCGUCAGAGAGAUGACGCAGCUCGCAUAAAAGAGGAGCAGCGAGUAUCGGAGACAGUUGCACAGAAGCGAUUGACAGAGGAACAACUUUCAAUGGAGAGAAUAGCUUCUAGUAAUCAAUUGAAAUAA